AUUUUCGCGAGCCCGCCUCCGCAGCCAAUCCGAGAACUCACAACGCAAUCCCACAGCGCCAUUCUCGACCCUUCCAAGCUCCUCCCGGCCUCCCCUUCGCUUCCUCCGAUGGCCCGCACCAAGCAGACGGCGCGCAAGUCCACCGGCGGGAAGGCGCCGCGGAAGCAGCUGGCGACGAAGGCGGCGCGCAAGUCGGCGCCGGCCACCGGCGGCGUGAAGAAGCCGCACAGGUUCCGCCCUGGAACCGUCGCCCUGCGCGAGAUCCGCAAGUACCAGAAGAGCACGGAGCUGCUGAUCCGGAAGCUGCCGUUCCAGCGGCUGGUGCGGGAGAUCGCGCAGGACUUCAAGACGGACCUCCGGUUCCAGUCGUCCGCCGUGUCCGCGCUGCAGGAGGCCGCGGAGGCGUACCUGGUGGGGCUCUUCGAGGACACCAACCUCUGCGCCAUCCACGCCAAGAGGGUCACCAUCAUGCCCAAGGACAUCCAGCUCGCCCGCCGCAUCAGGGGCGAGAGGGCCUGAUGAACCACCUCUCUGUUUCUGGUCUCUGCCGCUGUUGAUGUUCUCGGUGUCCGUCGUCGUGUGUUAGGAUUUAGAAAAUGCUGAGUUGUCGCCUGUUGCUUCCUACUAGUAUCUUGUAGUGAUGGUUCGCCUCUGUAAUGUUGUUCAAUGGAAUGUUACUACUGCUUCA